CGCAGACCUGCAAUGAGUUAGCAGCCGGGCUGAAGGCUGGGUUGUUAUUGUGGGGCUCAAAGUGGUCUGUGUCUCAGACCCUUAUUGUUCAAGUUAGUUUUGACUGUUGUGGUAGUAAUCUUAUCCCUAAAUGCUGUUCCAGGAAAAUUUGGGCUGACGGUAGAAGGCAGAAUCUGCAAAGAGGUAAUGAACCAGGCCGGGACAGACACGAUUUGAGGACAUGAGCUGAAUGCACUGCAGAGAAAUGAAUGCACACCUGUAGCUAUUUGUUACCUUGAAGCAAGGCUUUAGAGUGGGCCCAGUGAGGAUCCAAACAUGACCAAGGAGGAAGAGCUACCAGACUGGCAUUCGGCCCAGGAAUUUUAUAAGAAUUAUGACCCGAAGGAAAUUCUGGGCAGAGGGGUAAGCAGCGUGGUUCGUCGGUGCAUUCACAAACCCACCAGCCAAGAGUAUGCUGUUAAGAUUAUAGACAUCACCGCUGGUAAUUUAUCCCCAGAGGAGGUCCAGGAGCUGAGGAAAGCCACUAUCAAGGAGAUAGACAUCCUUCAGAAGGUCUCAGGACAUCCCAAUAUCAUUCAGCUGAAGGAUAGUUAUGAAUCCCACACCUUUUUCUUCUUGGUGUUUGACCUAAUGAAGAGAGGAGAGCUCUUUGAUUACCUCACAGAGAAAGUCACCUUAAGUGAGAAGGAAACCAGGAAGAUCAUGCGUGCACUGCUGCAAGUGAUCCAGUACCUCCAUUCCAUGAACAUCGUCCACAGAGACCUGAAGCCGGAGAACAUUCUCCUGGAUGACAACAUGAACAUCAAGCUGAUGGACUUUGGCUUCUCCUGCCAGUUGAAUGGGGAUGAGAAGCUCAAAGAAAUCUGUGGCACUCCUGGUUAUCUAGCGCCUGAAAUAUUAGAGUGCUCCAUGGAUAAGGACCAUCCAGGGUAUGGAAAGGAAGUUGACAUGUGGAGUAGUGGCGUGAUCAUGUACACCCUGCUAGCUGGCUCCCCGCCCUUCUGGCACCGGAAGCAGAUGCUCAUGCUGCGGAUGAUCAUGAGUGGGAAUUACCAGUUCAGCUCUCCAGAGUGGGAUGAUCAGUCAGACACAGUCAAAGAUCUGAUUUCCCGGCUCCUGGUUGUGAAUCCUAAGAAGCGCUACACAGUCAAUGAUGCGCUGGCCCACCCGUUCUUCCAGCAAUAUGUCGUGGAGGAAGUACGGCACUUCAGCCCUUUAAGGAAACUUAAGGUCAUCGGCCUGACAGUUCUGGCGUCAGUUCGCAUCUAUCAUCACUAUCGGAAUGUCAAGCCAAUUACCAGGGAGGUAAUAAUGAGAGACCCCUACGCUCUGAAACCCAUUCGUAAACUGAUCGAUGCCUGUGCCUUUAGAAUCUAUGGACACUGGGUGAAGAAAGGAGAAGCACAGAACAGAGCAGCCUUGUUUGAGAACACUGCAAAGGUGAUUUUGCUGAGCUUAGCCACAGAGGAAGUGCUAUUUUGAUUUAUCUCUGAGUAAAACUGCUUCAGCAGCAUCUUAGCAUAAGUUUGUAAGAGCCAAGGCGAGCAGACACUCUGAAAACUAACCGCAGUCUCCUUUAUGUUUUCCCAAUAAAAUCUCAAUAGAUAAUAUUAAAACCCAGGGCGCUCCAAACCCUGACAUCCUUAUUUGGCCUUCAAAAGAUGCCAUAUGCACAAACCUCGGCAGAGCCCCAUCAAACGUCAAUGAAUUUUGCCUGUUUAAGGCCUCUGUGCUUUGGCCUUGCUGGAUCAAUAGUCAGCUUUCCUACAAAAUGACAUUUAAGGGCCUGUUUUUUUUAGAAGUGGCUUCUAAUUUUGCAGCUGUAAUUAAGAGUGUGUGUAAAUAUACCCUCAGAUCAGGCAGGUGAACAUCUUAAAUGGCAGCAUUUGUGCCCCAAAUUAAUUUCACCUGAAUGUUUUUUGGGUUGUUUUUUUUGGCCUGGAAUGAAUUGCAGGCGUAAAAUUGGUCACCAAGAUGAGGCACUUUUGAAAAAGAAUAGAGAUGGGGGCCCAAGCAAAAUCCUAGCUGUGGCAUUCGGGUACGGCUCCAGCUCUGAACAUCACAGCUCUCUCUAACGUAGAGGGAACCAAUAGAAUACACUUAUUGCCUCUUCUGUAGGAACUACAUCCUUUCAUUGGCAGGAUGGGCCAUGCUCCCCCGAGCUGUGGUAACAGAAGGAUGCAAGCGAGCACCCUCACACCUGUGUGAAAUCCUCGCCAGCAGAGGUGGCAAUAUUUUCUGUUAUUGCCAUUUGCUACGAUCAGGCUCAUGUUGCUCUUGCUGGUGCCCUCCUGCUUACAGCUAGGAUCCUUCAUCCUGUAAGCGAUACCUACGCAGACCUUUGCACCUGCCCCAGUGCAGUCAGUGGAACUCCAUGUGGGCACAGAGGAUCACCUUUGGGAAGCAACUUGUCGGACUGGGGCCUCAGUGUCUGGCCCAGGCCAGCCUGAGAUUUCAAAGCCUGGCUUUCAUCUGGUAGUGGGCACGACCUGCUCUGUGAAGAUGAUAGAUUGGCCAAGGCAAAGAUAAUGAGUUUGGGGCACAAUCAGGCCAAGGUAAGGAGUGGGGUCACAGCAGCUGGAGGGAAUCUAAAUUAGAUGGGGAGCUGGGUAAAAAGAAAUGGGACAGGGAUGUGGAAAGCAGCUCCACCAAUGGGGCACUUCCAAAAUACUAACCUGUUACAUUCAAUUGACUGAGGUUAAAAACCACCUGAAGCUGAUCAAGCUUUGUUUUUACAAGGUGGAUGUUGUAAUUAGAGAUUCAGGGCCCAGCCUUCACCAACAGAACAUUAAGGUAGGGUGGCUUAUCCCACAUCACUUUUGAAAAUCAAGUCUUUCAGGGCAAGAAUACCAUGUUUUGGGUGCCUCUCUGCAAAGGUGAGUGUUCAUUGCCUGUUUUGCCAUCUGUAAAAUGAGGCUAAUGAUACUGACCUCCUUUGUAAGGUGCUUUGAGAGUCACUGAUGAAAGUGCCAUAUAAAGGCUUGGUAUUAUUCACUGAGCUUUCGCUUCAUUUAGCUUUGGGGCUAACACAUUUUCUACUCUAUUAAGAAAAAAAAAGCCUCGCCCCUGGGCUGUAGUACAAUUGGCAGUUUAUAAUUCAACCUUUAAUACAAGCUGAGGAAACCUUCCCUGCCUGCUUGCCCACCAAACUCUGAAAAUAAAAAAAGUUGUGACAAAACCACCACCCUCAAAUUUUUGGCAGUAGGAAAAAGUGGACCUGUCCAAAUCCCCCAAAUGGCAAAAGGCCGCCUGAGUGUGAAAACAGCAAUCAGAGCCUUCAUCUUAAUGGACUUGAUUGACUCCUUCCUUUCUAUUAUAGAUGGGGCAUAUUCUGAAGGGCGACUAGCAUGUCACAUAGCACUCUUCCUAGCCAACAGAUUCCAUCAUGUCAUUUUCCCUGCCAGCCUUAGUUACCGUGGUUAUAACCAGUCAAUCUAUAAACGACGCCUUAAGGAUGAUACAUGUUUUGUUUCCAAAGCUUUAAUGCACCAUGUUGAAGCGCAGCAAUUCAUUUUAUGCAUUUACAAUUUAGGCCGAGUUUUUAAAUAGUCUUUGAGUGACGGAAAAUGCACAUUGCAGCUAACGGUGACUUGUAUACUGCAUGUGUAUUUAGGAGACAUUUUAAAAGAUACAGGGCUCAUACACAGACCUCAAAAUGGUCAAGGGCUUCAAUUUAUGUCUAUUUGAUCAGUGCAUCGGUCCGUGGUUUUGUAAACUGUUCACAUGUCACUAAAUAGGCUUCAUUUUACUUA